GUACAGAUGUUACUUUGCACCUAACAAUUGAGAAGAAGAAAAAAGCAAAAAUGGCCGCUAUAAAUGGAAAUUGUAAUUCGAUUUCACACGGCAAUGUUGAUAAACCCUUUCUGUUGUUUUCAAAUAAUUACUCGACUAGUAUAAGAAUCCCCCCUAACAAUACCAAAUUUUCUUCACUCUCAAUUUUGUUUUCUCCUCCUCCACCAACUAAUAAAACCAGAGUUAUUACUUCAUUUGCAUCAAUGGCAACCACUAUUUCGAAUGUUCAGGUGGAGGAGCUGCCGCCUGCGCUUGAUUCUACAUCAGAACCACCUUCUGUUUUCGAUGGAACAACGAGGUUGUAUAUUUCUUACAUGUGCCCUUAUGCUCAGCGUGUAUGGAUUACAAGGAAUUGUAAGGGAUUGCAAGAAAAGAUCAAAUUGGUAGCAAUUGAUCUACCAAAUAGGCCUGAUUGGUACAAGGAAAAAGUGUACCCUGCAAAUAAGGUACCUGCGCUUGAACAUAAUAAUGAAGUGAUUGGGGAGAGUCUUGAUUUGAUCAGGUAUCUUGAUACUAACUUUGAAGGACCUGUGCUUCUCCCAAACGACCCUGCCAAAAGAGAGUUCGCAGAGGAAUUACUAUCCUACACAAGCGAAUUCAGUAGUGGUGUGGUUGGCUCGAUCAAAGGGGACGCGAACGUUGGUGCUCCUUUUGAUUACCUAGAGGCAGCGCUCUCCAAAUUUUCUGACGGGCCUUUCUUCCUCGGUGAAUUCAGUCUGGUGGAUAUAGCUUAUGCUCCAUUUGUUGAAAGGUAUCAGCCGUUAGUGUUGGAUGUUAAGAAGUAUGAUAUCACGUCAGGAAGGCCGAAGCUUGCAUCAUGGAUUGAGGAGUUGAACAAAAUCGAUGGUUACAGACAAACUAAACGUGAUCCUGCAGAGCUAGUUGCAAGCUUAAAGAAGCGGAUCUUGGGCAUUUGAAGACUACUCUGUGCUUGAAAUCACCCUUCAUCAAGUCUUUCACUUCAAUAUGUUGUUCAGUCAUAAAAUGAAAGUUAAGUGUUUUAUUGCAAGUUCUGGUUGAUAUACUCCAACUACAUAAAUGCAUAUGUAUUUUGUGUUUUCGUUUUUUGAAGUCAUAAAUCCAUCUCGUUUUCAUAGCACUACCAAGUAUUCUGACAUGAAGGUGAAAAAUAAGUUGGCAAUUCUUCCAAAAGAUACAAGAUCCGUAGCAUUUUAGCACUUGUCACAGCCAAUGACUUGUAUUCAGCUUUGCCACUUGAUCUUGAAAUUGUGGGCUCUUUCUAAAAGACCAAGAACCUAAGAAAACACAACAUCCACUAGUAUCAUGGCAUCUAGCCCAGUGCGUCUGAAUCAGAAUAGGCGGCAAUAACAUCAAAUUCACAAGCUGACAAUGUAAUACCAGAGCCAAUGCUGCCUCUAACAUGUCUCUUUUAACAAGUUGCGUAUGUGAUGCUGUUGGAGCAUGUAUUAACUGUAACACAUAAUACUUGACUGCAAAGCUUAAAUCAUGUCUAGUGAGAGUCAAGUACUGUAAACCACCUGCCGAACUUGUACAGUGACUAACAUCAUCCAGAAGGACCAGAAAGUGUAGACCGGUAGAGAGAAUCUAGGUCCUUGAGCAACUGGAGUACUAGCAGGACAACAGUUAAGCAUCUCAGCCUUUUCUAGCAACUAAAGAUCAUAUUUCUUCUGUGAAAGUAGAACUGCAGUAGAGGAAUUCAGACAUUCAACUCCCAUGAAAUAGUGUUCAAGUAAGCAAAGAAGAUGAAGACCUUGUGAGGAUAAUGUCAUCCACAUACAAUAGGAGAACAAUCAGUUGAUGCUGGUGCUUCGUGUUCUUCAUUUCAAUUUAUGUUUUUUCAUGUUUUAAUUUUGAGUUUGGAAUCUACCAAAAGAGUUCACAGUAUGAUUUAUAGACAUGAACCGGCGGCUUCAGGGUUGGAAAUGCUUUAAGAAAUGAUAUGAAGUGCAUUCAAGAUAUGAGAAGCUUGAAUUGAAGUAGCUUAAAUGGUUUGGGCUAGUUUGAUGCGGGUUUAUCACAUGUAGCUUGUUGAGUAAAUGUCGAAAAGAUAGUUCAUAUUUGUGUACUGCCAAACAUAUAUUCCCUCCAUUUCUACGGAAGAGUUAUUGUUUUUUCA